UCGGUGCAGCACGACAACAUGGCAGAAUGUACAGACAAAUCACAAGUGGGCUGUCAACGUGAAGAAGGAAUUGAGACCGAAAUGAGUGAGCUAGAGCUGAGAAACACAAGUGAAAACAAUGAGGGGGAAGUGAGAGAGAGAGGAGGCAAGACUGCAAUUCGGGAAAAGGAAGGCCCCUUCAAGAAACCGAGUGUUUUUGCUACCCCUCUCCCACCGAGCAAAAAGACUAGGGCUACUGCUGCUAGCGUUAAAGUAAACCAAGUCAAAACAGAAUCAAGCAGUAACAAGUUACAAGAAAGCAGCGACAAACCGUUACACACUGGAGAAUCAGUGAUAGAGAAAGGGGGUACCGACCUACUGGUUGAAGGCAGUGGUAACGGCGCCAGUUCUGCUGAAGUCAAGCCCGACUGUACGUCAUCGCUAGAUAACGGGUCUGCUUCUACAGCAAGCAUUCCAAAAAUAUGUGCAGACGAGGACCAUGAAAAAGUGGUUAGGACAAGAAACACAAACUUGCAGGAACUCGCACAACAAGCGAAACACAAUCUAGCUGUCAAGACGCAUGGUAAUGCCAAGUUCAAACCCGGUCCUCCUUUGUCGUACACUGAGCCGUCGUGGGGUGGGGUUGCCGAAACCCCGUACCUCUUCGAGAUUCUAAAGAACGGCACUAUCUUGGACACGGUUGAGUUGAACGAAAAGAGCUUCAUCGUUUUCGGCAGGCUGCCGAACUGCGACGUGUCUCUGGAACACCCCUCUAUCUCCCGCUAUCACUCAGUGGUCCAGUACCGCCGCCUUCCCGGGGACUCAGCCGGGGAGGAGAUGGGCUUUUACGUCUUUGACCUGGGCAGUACACAUGGUACUUUUGUCAACAAGAACAAAAUCCCACCGAAAACAUACAUUAGACUGAAGGUGGGGUACGUGCUCAAGUUUGGAGGGAGCACAAGGCUAUUCAUCUUGCAGGGGCCGGACUCGGAUGUGGAGGCGGAGUCAGAGCUGUCAGUCACUGAGCUGAAGGAUCUGCGGAGGAAGCAGAAGGAGGAGCUGGAGAGGAAGAUGAUGGGUGAUGCCGAUGAUGAUGAUGAGGAGGAGGAGGAGGAGGGGGAAGAGGAGGGAAAGAAGAAGAGAGUGAAAGAGAGGAGCACAGCAGACACAGGGUGUUUCUGGGGAAUGGCUGAAGAUGCACUAGUGGAAGAUGAGAAUGAGGAGAACCCCUUUGCCACCGAGUUCCAGGAAAACCAAGAGGCCUUCUACAUCAAGGACCCCAAAAAGGCCCUGCAAGGCUUCUUUGACAGAGAAGGAGAGGAGCUGGAGUACGAGUAUGAUGCCAAGGACCAGGGGACAUGGAUCUGCAGAGUCAGGUUGCCAGUGGACGAUGCAACGGGCAGGCAGCUGGUGGCAGAGGUGACCCACGUUGGCAGGAAGAAGGAGGCAGCUGUUCAGUGUGCCCUAGAGGGCUGCCGGAUACUGGAUGCCAGGGGUUUACUGAGACAGGAGGCUGUGUCUCGCAAGCGGCGCAAGAAGAACUGGGAGGAGGAGGAUUUCUACGACAGCGAUGAUGACACCUUCCUGGACCGGACCGGCGCCGUGGAGAGGAAGAGGAAGGACCGCAUGAAGAAAGCAGGGAAAGUCGAGGAGAAGCCAGACACUUUUGACUCCCUGGUAGCCAAGCUGGCUGAGGUAGAGAAGGAGCUGGCUGAAACAGAGGAGAAGCUCCAUGUUUCAAGAAAAAGUGAUUCCCAGCAGUCCUCCGAAGACCCUCUGGAUGCCUUCAUGUCAGAGGUUCGGUCCGGCAGUGCUCUGGACAGCGUGACGCGCAAGAAGCUGCACCUACACGCCUGCGAGCUCAAGAAGGAGGGCCAGCGACUCAAGAGGCUGGUGGAGAUUACCCGGCCAACACAGCUACCAGCCCUGGAUUCUGGGACAGGAAGUCAUAGUUCUGGAGAGCCUGGUAAACCCAAGAAGAUGUCCCUGCCCUUAUUUGGCGCGAUGAAGGGGGGUAGCAAGUUUAAACUGAAGACUGGCACCAUUGGGCACCUCCCCCCGAAGAGACUAGACCUGCCUGAACAGCUGUUCAACAUGAAGGAGCUGAGGCCUGAGGUGGAGGAGGAGGACGAGGAGGACGAUGAGGAGAGCAGAGAGCCUGCGGCACCUGAAGACACGGAUAUCGAGAUGAGACCUCCAAGUUCACACACUACUGCUGAGGCCUCUGGCAACAAUUUCCCUACUAAGGAUGCAGCUGGGGAAGAGGUUGAACCAGACAGAGCGGGGAAAGACAAAGACAUUCCAGAGCAGCAAGCUUCUCCUGCUACGGCUGAAACAGCCACAGUACCCAUGGAGUCCGGAAGUGAAAAGGUGCCAGAGGUGGUUCAGAAGAAAAAGAAGAAAGCUUUUGGACCCAGUCGACCCCCAGCAGCCCUGCUCUCCACCAAGUACCCAGAGGAUGAUCCAGACUACUGCGUCUGGGUGCCUCCUAAAGACCAAAGUGGGGACGGUCGCACACAUCUGAAUGAGAAGUACGGCUAUUGAGGUCUCUGGGGGAAUCGGAAAGCAACUGCAGAAACUCACUAACUGUAAAUCCACAGCUGACAGUCGCUGACUAAUUUGUUUUUGUUCUAUUUACUGGUAUUUCUUUAACCCUGCAACAUUAGUGUGUACUGGCUUCGAAACUGGACUAUCAAGAGCCUUCGUGAUCUGGCAAUGUCACACAUUUUUCUUCAGAAGUUUAAACUUAGCAUUUGGACUUCAGUGACUCUCGACACUGGAUUUCAGAAGAUUGUCACACCAAAGGAUUGUGUUUUAGGGUGUCCGAGACUUUGGGCUGACCAUGACUCUGACACUUCUUUUCUGUGGGAAUUUCAACGUUACCCUACUUGCGUUUUGAUUUAGUGUGCAAACAGGGAUUAAUCAUGUUGCACAUAGGUUACUGAUGGUUACCACUGUGCAGGAACAUUUCUACAACAGUUAAGUGUGUCUUUUUAUCCUUACAGGUACUGUGGCUCCUUUGCUCGCACUUUUUACCUAUACGGUCUGUUUUGACAAAUCAAUUGUAAUGUGAUCAUUUUGAGUAUUUUUCUGCAUAAUUGAAGUGGUUGUGACUAUCCCCUGUGUGAUGAUGCAUAAACAGUUUUGUUGUUGGCCAAAUACAAGAUACUGUUUGCUUUUUGGCAUUCAUUACAGUCCAUUUGUUUUUGUUUUGU